AUGGGAGUCGGUCGAGAUCGAGUCCCUCAAGGAGAAAGUUGCAGCCUUGAUGACCAUGGUGGAAGGCAAGGCCGUGGUGAUUCAAACGGGUUCCAAGGGGAAGAUACCGGAGCCUCGCUUUUAUGGUGGAAGGCGAGAUCCCGAGGAGGACAAGGGAAAGAUGGAGGAGGAUGGAGACACCUGAAGAAUGGGAUCCAUGAGAGUCUUGGCUCCAUCAGAACGUACCGCCUAGAGAGGGAAGUAGCCAAGGUGGACCAAUUCGAGGGAGGAUCAGUGGGGCACAGCGGAAGCGUGGUUGACCCCAAGGACCAAGCGUCAGGAUCGCUUGGACAGUCACCAAUCGAGGAGAAGAUUGGAGACCAACUUGCUAUCAAGGGAGGAGCACCCUUGAAGGAGGACAAGGUCGGAAGCACGGAACUGACGACCGAGAAGGAGGCUUGUGAGCGAGGCAUUCUCCAAGGAGGCACGCCGAUCGUGGCCAAAGCGGUAUUGGCAGAGGAGGAUGGAAGGCAUGAGAGGACCACAGGAGUUGGUCCUAGGCUGGGCUGCACGGGUCAGUCGCAAGCCAAGACCGAAGGUGGUUCCACCGAGGGGAGUGGAGCUCAGUCAAGAGAGGCCGUGAGUGGCCAAAGUGAGGAGGAGGGAGCACCUAUCUGUGAUGAGUUACAGGUAGGGGUUUUGGACGAAGAGGUUUUGCCGCAUGAGGAAGAGAAGCUGGGUCAAGGUGAUCGAGACACUUGGACGAGACGGGAAGAGCCGCCAAGUGUUCCGACAUCGACGAGGGCGUUAACGGACUCGGUUGGGGAGAUUGUAACGGACCAUGGUGAUGGCCCGUUCACACGAGCGCGUCGCGAUGCGAGGUGGCGCCGGAGGAGGCAUCAUGGUGAUGUUGAAGACCCGACUCAUAGAGAGAGAAAUAAGGCACCAAUUGGGAGCAUGGCGGCCAACGAGAGAGUCGGAACUGGGAACAGUGGGGGAGAAUGUUUUGAAGAUGAGCCGGGCAUCAAGGCACAGUCAUCCGGGAACCAUCAAGGGGAGAUGGAUCAGGGGCAGCCACCGGGAAGCAGCCAAGGCACAGAGCAGCAGAGCACUAGAGCGCUCGAGGCGCGCCAGACAGUGACCCAGGCACGAAAGCUUCCAGAGACGCGGCUGACAUCAGCUGCCAGCUCGGAUGACACAUCGGACGAGCACACAAGCGGCACACGCAGGAGCGUGCCACGCUUAAGGCCGCGGCACGCCCAGGUGCGUGGCGCUCACGGUGAGCGCUGCGCCACGGGGCGCAGCACGUGCCGGCGCGUGGUGCGGCGCGAUCCUUCCAGACGCGCCCGAAUCUUUUGGAAUCCUGCAUUAUUUACAGAAUUGCCAUUGAUUUCCUCUAUAAAUAGGGGCCUCCCCCUCCCAUUUGGUCAAAGUGGCAAAGGUGGGGGGCUUGAGCGAGUCGUAGCGCCGGGAGAGGACACGGCAGAAAAGGAAAAGAGGCGUGUUUGGCCAUCUCUAUUAACAGCUCAUCUUGGGCGAGAUUCGUUUCUCUCCUCAGUCGUUUGCGUGCAACAUUGGGGCGAGGGAGGAAAAAGCGGUACCAGAAGGGGUUUUGGAGGAUCCGGGGCUGUGGAUCUGCUUGAAAGACGUCGCCUCUUCGCCGCUAUUCCCGUCAUAUUGCCAUUUCUGAAGCCUGUCGGCUUCACUCUCUUGGAAAAGCUCCCUCUCUGUAUGGCGUCUAAGCGUAUUCUCAAGGAACUAAAAGAUUUGCAGAAGGAUCCUCCAACUUCUUGCAGUGCUGGUCCUGUUGCUGAAGACAUGUUUCAUUGGCAAGCAACUAUAAUGGGACCUCCUGAUAGCCCAUAUGCUGGAGGUGUUUUUCUAGUUACUAUUCAUUUCCCUCCUGAUUAUCCUUUCAAGCCCCCAAAGGGUAAUGCAAUAGUAUAA